AGACUGAAAGAGAGCGAGAGAGAGAGAGAGAGAGAGAGAGAGUUUUAGGGCUUUUCAGCGACCUUUCUCCCCUCACAUCUUUUUCCCUUCUCCUUCAUCUUCGCCGCCGCGCAUACACCGAAACCUUCCGAUGGCACCUCCAGGCCCUUAUUCCGGCACUAGCACUCUCGCUCUGGUAGCUCGUGCUUCGGCCUUCACCUUCGGUCUCGUCUAUGGAAGCAUGAAGCUUUCCUAUCUCAAGGCGAAGGCAAAGUCCCACCAAAAAGCUGAGGCAAAGGGCCAUCAUUAAAAGGAGAGUGCAUGGGAUCUGCAGUUUGUUUUUGUUCUUCUUUGGGGCUUAAGAAAAACCUCCAAAAGUGUGUUUUCUUUUUUACCAUAAUGACAGAGUAGACCCAGGAAACUCUUGCGGGCUCAACAUUUCAUUGAAGAUUUCUCCUCUUCAUAGGAAGAAUCUGUUGCCAUAGGGUCGAACACAUUGGAGAAUUUUUAGACAAUGUUUUUUUUUUUUUUUUUACUUCAAGAAUAAUUUUGCGCUUUCCUGUU